AUGGAUCGGCCAUUUCAUACUCUGUUCACUCCGAAAAUCGUGAUACCUUAUGCGAAAUACCUUCUACUUCUGGCUUCUCAGCCCAUCUUCAACGCGUUCCAGUGGUUCUUGGCAGCUCUGCUUUCGGUGGAACCCAUCGCUGCUUUCCUUGUCAGCAAUGCUUCAAAGUGCAGGAGACGAUUCUCAAUUUUGCCUCCAGAAAAUGCGUUUUUCCUGCAAACCAGCGUCGAUUCUGCGAGAAACCGUCCCCUCGUGACACUCGUCGUCAAAAUCGGCGCAGUUUCGCCAUCAGCUUUCCGUGGAAAACUGCGGGACAGUCUUUUGCAAAAAUAUUCGCUAUUCGAGUCCCUUUUUAACAACAGACGUCACCUAAGAGACCAAGUUCUGUGGCUGACUGUCGUGGACUCUGACUUUUUGCAAAGUGUGGGAGAUGAGCUUUCUUGUGCAAGACCCUGGAGGAUUUUUGUGGGGAAGACUAAAGAAUUGGACUCGGUCGCCGUUUUUGCAGCCAAGAGAUUCCUGGUGAACGAAACGGAUGUUGCUGAAAUUGCUGGAAUAUUUUGCCAGGAUGAUGAAUCGGCGUCUGACUCGGCUUUCAUGGAUUCACAAGCGAAAAAUCAGGAAAGCAGUGAAAAUCUCUGCACAGCCUUGGCAACACUGGUGAAGGAUAAUUUCCAUGCAGCCACAUAUCUAGCAACCCUGGACCUGUGCCAAGAGCACAAUGAAUAUUUGAAGAAGAACUUGUCAGGAGUCAGGUGGCACAACUUUGGAAAAGUCAGGGUAAGUGUCCCAGGAACAACCUUGACAGAAAUUGCAGAGCUGAAUGGAGCUAGAAAUGAAGAUAUUUUGCAUGUUGGACUAUGCCAUAGUUUCCAGGAAUUCCAUGAAAGGCAUGGGUCCAACAGACUCCUGGACAACAUUUCUACUGCUUUGAUGAACCCUGGAACUUGUACUGGUGUCAGAGGUGACAUCUGUCCUACAGGGCGGAUCUGGUUCCCAACACUCAAUGGUCCUCCAGAGACAAGAAUGAAGGUCAUAUCGUCAACAUUGGAUUACUAUGGAAACAAUGGGGGUUGGAAGAAAUUGAUGUUCAUGACAAUCAACAAAAUACCAGAAGAAAUUUUGACACUGCCUUUCAAGUGGACUUUUGGUGUCACACAUGUGGACCUGAGUUCACUUUCGCCAAAAGCUGCAGAAGCUGUUCAGUGGAUCAACUUUGGUCCUGGUUCAACAGGAGGUUUGAGCUGGACUUUCAUCAGCCACAAUGAAUCAGGAUCCAAAGUGUGCAUCGAAGGAGAUUCUUCAUUCUUAAAAUCCUCGCGGGAAAUUGACCUCAUGUGUCGGGAUUUUGUGGCGGAGGUCAACAGACUCUGCAAUUCCGUGGCGAUUGCCAAAAAUCGGCACAAGCCUCCAAGUGUUUCAACGUCUUCGUCGUCAUCGCAAGGACUACCUGAUGAUGAUGCCACACUAUUGGAAGUCAAGAGAACCCAGCAAAUUGAGGCUGAUUUGCAGCCACUCAUGAGCGAUUGGGGCCAUGAUGGACAGCAUCAACCGACGCCGAUUCCAGUUGCGAGUUUGAGCUGGACUUUCAUCAGCCACAAUGAAUCAGGAUCCAAAGUGUGCAUCGAAGGAGAUUCUUCAUUCUUAAAAUCCUCGCGGGAAAUUGACCUCAUGUGUCGGGAUUUUGUGGCAGAGGUCAACAGACUCUGCAAUUCCGUGGCGAUUGCCAAAAAUCGGCACAAGCCUCCAAGUGUUUCAACGUCUUCGUCGUCAUCACAAGGACUGCCUGAUGAUGAUGCCACACUACUGGAAGUCAAGAGAACCCAGCAAAUUGAGGCUGAUUUGCAGCCACUGAUGAGCGAUUGGGGCCAUGAUGGACAGCAUCAACCGUCGCCGAUUCCAGUUGCGAGUUCCUAA